GCGUUUGUUGGCAGAGCUUUUGGUUGUCUCAGACUCUGCCGGUCUGCCCCCAUAAUUAUCCCGCAGUGUCAGUACCACCUCCUCCCUUAAAUUAUUUCCCCUGUCUUCUUCUCUCAAAAUUAUUUUUCCAUUGGACGUUUUUUUUCACUGCCUCAUUUUCCCACUUUUCUUUACUUCUUCUUAUAGUACUGCUCCCUGCUUCCCAAUUGGGUGUUUAAUGGUGGCUACUGUUGCUGUGCUGCUGCUGUCACUUCAUUACUCUGUUGGGCACUUAAGCAUAUACUAACUGAGUACGUUUGUACUGUGCGCUGUUCCGGACAUUUUUUACCCUCGUAAACCCAUUAUACGGUUUGCUAUACGUUUGUGUUAAAUAUGCUGUGUUGAGGAGCUUGUUGGGUGAUCAAUCAAUGGCUGGUUCUUCCUCUGUAGUGCCAUCGUUGCCGCCGCCGCGGCCCAAGUCUCCGCCGGAGUACCCGGACUUGUAUGGGAAGCGGAGGGAGCUGGCCAAGGUUCAGAUGUUGGAGAGGGAGAUUAGUUUUCUCGAGGGAGAAUUAAAAUUCGUCGAAAGCCUUCCACCUGCCUCCCGGUGCUGUAAAGAGGUUGCUGAUUUCGCGGUGACAAAUCCGGAUCCUUUUAUUCCUACAAGUCGGAAGAUUCGUAGAUCUUGUCGAUUCUGGAAAUGGCUCUGUGGAGCACCCUGUUUUAACUUCUCAUGGAUGUGCUGUUUUGGGUGCAUCCCUCAUCUUGAAAUGCCAAGCUGCUGCUGCAAUUGCAGCUUACGGAACUGUCAUCCAUGCACUCAUUGUUCAAUGCCAAAAUGUCGGUGUUGCUCCUGGCCUCGCUCGCGAUGCUUUGACAAGAUCUCGUGCUGCAGCAGUAAGUGUUGCACUCCCCGGUGUCUUUCGUGCCCAGAUUGCUAUUGUAGAUGUAGUUGCUCUUGUCCUAAAUGCCCAAAGCUAAACCUUUGUUGCUGUUGUACAAAAAGCUGUUGCUACCUCCCCUGUCUAUGUUGCUAGGAUUUAAUGAAAUAGUCCAAUGGUAUCUUUCUUCCUAUUCAAGGUACCAUUCUAUUUGUUAUGAAAUUGCUGGUGUGUGGUC